UACACAUUAAAUUUACUUUCAAUAGCAAAAUCUACUUGAACUUUGGAAAUUAUUAAGUAGAAUGGGGACAGGGAAGAAGAAAAUAGAGAUUAAGAAAAUCACAAAGCCAACAUAUAGAAUGGUGACAUUCUCGAAAAGACGCAAAGGGCUUUUCAAGAAAUCUCAAAAACUUGAAUCCUUGACGGAUUCUCGUGUUGUCUCUGUGGUUUUUUCACCCACCGGAAAGCUUUAUACUUAUGGCGAUGUUGAUUAUGCUAUCGAAAAGUAUUAUUCUGGUAAUAGUAGUACGUCUGCUGCAGUACCAUCAAUACCAGUGCUGGAUUACAUCGAUUAUUAUUCUUGUUCUGAGGUACCAUCAACAUCAUCACUGAUGACUCCGAGGAGGGAUGGUUUCCGCGAUUGGGUGGAGAGUAUAGAUGUAGAUGAAUGUGAAAAUUUGAAUCGACUCUUAAUGUUGAAGGAGCAACUGGAAGGAUCCAUAGAGAAGAUUGUUUCCAAUGAAGAUUCUGAGUCGUUUGAAGCUUUGUUUGCGUAGCUAUGUCUUGAUAAAAUUAGUGGCCGUGGCCUUUAAACUUAUUUACUUUAUAUAUACUCUGGUUUCUUUGGCUUG